UAAACUCGUGUAGAAUAAACUAAAUAGAGGCCACAGACGGUGUUAACAAGGUGGACAGGUCUAAACGGCCUCGGGUGAGAGGAUAUUUCAUUGUCACCUCUGACUGCCGGUGGUCCCGUGGCCGAGGCGCAGUGGAGCCUGGGAGUUGUAGUUCACCAGGUGAACUGAGAGGGCGAGGCUGCGCUGAGCACCCUGGGAAUCGUAGUGCUUGCUGCACGGUGCCCUCUGCGCAGGCGCACACCGAUUAGCCACUUCCGGAACAAGCGUUGCGUUUCUCAGGAGAAACUCCUGAGGAGGAUUCCCCGAGCGACAAUGGCUACCUACAGCCUGGCGAAUGAGCGACUACGCGCCCUGGAAGACAUCGAACGGGAAAUCGGCGCCAUCCUUCAGAAUGCAGGUACGGUGAUCCUAGAAUUGUCCAAGGAAAAAACCAACGAGCGGCUUCUAGACCGGCAGGCGGCGGCCUUCACCGCUUCAGUGCAACACGUGGAGGCGGAGCUGUCAGCCCAGAUCCGCUACCUCACCCAGGUGGCCACAGGGCAGCCCCAUGAGGGCUCCAGCUACUCUUCAAGGAAGGACUGUCAGAUGGCUUUGAAGCGAGUGGACUAUGCCCGCCUCAAGCUCAGUGACGUGGCUCGAACCUGUGAGCAGAUGCUGGAGAACUAGGCCAGGGAGGUGGACCCAGAGCUCAGAGGGAGACCAUCGCCUGCACCAUGGGACAGAACCUGGGAACAUGUAGGAUGGGGAGCAUGGGCACCUACAUGCCCUGCUGCUCAAAGUACACUUGGGGAGGCCAAGGCUGGAGGAUCAUGUGAGGUCGGGAGUUCGAGACUAGCCUGGCCAACUUCGUGAAACUCCGUUGGAGACAAAGGGGCAAAUGGUAGGCAUGGAAAAACUGAAGCCUGAGCCUGCCCACAGCUAUGCCCUGGCCUCUCCAGCAGGGUGCUCCUGGCCUCUCCAGCAGGGUGCUCCUGCCCUGCACUCCACCAACACCCUGACAGGCUCAGACAGAGAUAGAAACUCACACAUCCAACCCACUUCCUCAAACACUUCAUGCUCCUGCCCCAGGCUUCGAGCAGACUUGGCCUAAUGAAGAUACAUUCUUCUUCACUGGGAGAGACAAAAUAAGAACUAGAAUUUUAAUAAUAAAAGCAACAACAAUAAAAAGAAGAUCA